AUGAACGCUGAAGUUCAAUAUUUUCAAUAUCUUGCACAAUCUGCUGGAACAGAUAGACGAGUACGAAGAUGCCCAACAGGAUCAGUAAUCAAUAGCCAGGAAUACCAACGGGUAUCCUCGCCUACCUCUUCCCAUCGAAGAAGACCAACACUAGAAUUUACCGACUGGGACUUUCUCUCUGAAUGGGAGAGGUCAACGCAGCCAAAAAAGAAACACCCAAAAUCCGAGUAUGAAACUUCCGAGAACCUUGUCAGCAACCCAAAGAAACCUAUCCCAGAGCGCGAUACACUUCCACGAGCACAGGAUGAAUCCCUAGAAACACCACAAGAAACAGACCCACACAAGCCAUCGAGAAAAAACAAUGGAACGGUCCAGAGAUACAUUAAUCCGGCCUCUAUACUCCUUGCGGUUCUUAUGUUUUCCAUUCUUAGCCACUCUUUCUUUUCGGGAGCCGAAAAUUUCGUUAAAAAUGUAUUAGAAGCUCUUCUUGUAAGAUCUUACUUUUCGUUUCCCAUCCUGAUCAGCUAUGCGCGUUGA